UUCUCUGUGAUUGCCAUCGUCAUCGUGUGUGUGUGUGUGUGUGUGUGUGUAUGUGACACAUCAAUAUCCAUCGUUUCAUCUUCAUAAUAUAAUCAUUAAAUAGUUCGAUAAACAAUUUUUUUUUUUUGAGUGGAAAUGGAAUGCCAAGUCAUAACUGGAGCUAGAAUUGCCGAAAAAUUCCUUGAUGAAUUGACUAGACAGAUCAAAGAUGUCGAUGCUCAAGUAAAAUUGGUUAGCUUUUUAGCCAAUAAUGAUCCAUCUGCUGAACAAUAUGCUGAAGUAACGAAAAAAAGCUGUGCACGAUCCGGUAUUGUAUUUGAAUUACGUAAAAUUGGUCGUGAAGAAUUAGAAGAUGCUGUCAUUGCAGCCAAUGAUGAUGAUACUAUACAUGGUAUACUUGUUUAUUAUCCAGUUUUCGGUGGUGGACAUGAUCAAUACAUACAGAAUUGUGUGAAUCCAUUCAAAGAUGUUGAAGGUUUAUGUCAUCUAUAUAGAUUCAAUAUGUAUCGUAAUAUUCGUCAUAUUCAAGGACGUAAAGAUCUAAAAUCAAUUAUUCCUUGUACACCAUUAGCCGUUAUUAAAGUUUUAGAACAUUGCAAUGUAUAUGAUAAUGAUGUACCAUAUGGUAAUCAACUUCGUGGAAAAACGAUUACCAUUAUCAACAGAAGUGAAGUUGUUGGCAGACCUUUGGCUGCAUUAUUGGCCAAUGAUGGUGCCAAAGUCUAUUCUGUUGAUAUAAAUGAUAUACUUUUGUUCUAUCGUGGUCCAGAUCUUGAAUUGAAUAAAUAUAAAGUCCAAGAUACUGAUAAAAAAUUGGAAGAAGUUUUACCAAUAUCUGAUAUUGUUAUUACUGGUGUACCAAGCUCUAAUUAUCGUGUUCCUCUUGAUUUGUUAAAAGAUGGUGUAAUAGCUGUGAAUUUUGCUUGUGCUAAAAAUUUUGACGAUGAAAUAAAAACAAAAGCAUCAAUUUUUGUGCCAACCAUCGGAAAGGUGACCACCACCAUGUUACAACGAAAUUUACUUCGACUUUAUAAAUAUCGUACAUAUGGUCGAUAUAGCAAUGGAACAAUGUAAAUCACAAUGUAGACAAUGAUUAUCAUAUUGUUUUUUUCGCUUUUAAAAUUAAAAUUAAAAACAUUUUA